AUGGCCGCCGUCCCAGUCCCUGUCGAGAAAAACUUCGACAUCAAUGAACUCGAGCGUGCUGAUACCAGCGUGUCGGCUGACUCGGACAAGCUGAACGACGCCAGGAUCAAUGCCUUCACCCCAGAAGAACAGAAGAAGAUCAUGUGGCGUAUUGACAGACGGCUCGUGCUCACGUUGGGUUUUCUCUACUGCGUCUCCCUGAUGGAUCGUACCAACACGGGUAUCGCCGUCGUCGCCGGUAUGGGAGUGGAUCUCGUUCUCAUCGAGAACCGGUACUCAAUCCUCGUGCUUGUCUUCUUCAUCACCUACGUCUUGCUGCAACCUCCCGCAACGGUCGUCCUGCGGAAAAUCGGCCCUCGCAGGUUCUUGCCCACCAUCACCUUACUCUGGGGCAUGACCAUGUGUGCCGCCGGCUUUGUCAAGACCUGGACCGAAUUGACUGGUCUGCGAGUGAUUCUCGGUUGUUUUGAGGCUGGGUUCUUCCCAGGCUGUGCCUAUCUCCUUAGCUGCUGGUAUCCUCGUUACGAACUCCAGAAACGCAAUGCCGUCUUCUACCUCAUCGGAUCCAUGGCGUCCGCCUUCGCUGGUAUCCUCGCCUAUGGUUUCUCGCAACUGAAGAACCACGGCUCCGGUCCGAAAUGGUGGGGUCAGCAUUAUGGUCCAACUGCAGCAGAUCCGGAUGCGCCAUCGGGCAUUCUCCCUGGUAUCGCGGGCUGGAGAUGGAUCUUCAUCCUUCAGGGUGUCCUCACCUGCGUCCUGGCCAUCGGCUCCUACGUCCUGAUUGUGGAUUUCCCCGAAAAGGCCACAAACUCCUUUGGGAUCAAAUUCUUGAACCAGAAAGAAGUUGAUUUCGUCGUUGCCCGGAUCGAAAAGGACCGCCAUGACGCCAUCCCCGAGGAAUUCAGACUGGGCAAAUAUUUAAAGUGUGCUUUGGACUUGAAGGUCUGGGGUUUCGCCGCGCUCUUUGGCCUUACAACGACAAACACAUAUGCUAUCGCGUAUUUCCUGCCUAUUAUUCUCAAUGACGGCAUGGGAUUCGGUGUCGCGGCUUCGCAGUGCCUCAUUGCGCCCCCAUACGUCCUGGCGGCCAUUGUCAUGUAUCUUUUCGCCUACCUGGGCGACAAGUGGCAUCUUCGAUCGCCAUUUAUCCUUGCAAAUGGUUGCCUGCUCUUGAUUGGCCUCCCUCUUCUCGGCUAUCUGGACAGCGUCCCAGCUCGCUAUUUCGGCGUCUUUGUCGCGACAACGGCGUGCAACGCCAACGUGCCCUGCGUGCUCACUUGGCAAGCGAACAACAUCCGUGGACAAUGGAAGAGAGCCCUCUGCUCGGCCACGUUGGUCGGCGCGGGAGGUGUCGGAGGAAUCAUCGGAAGUACGGUCUUCCGCGAGCAGGACAAGCCCGAUUACCACCCAGGCAUCCUCACCUGCAUGCUCUCAAGCGCCCUGAUCAUCCUCAUCACCCUGGCUUUGGAUUUCAAGUUCUAUCGGGCCAACCAGCGAGCGGCUGCUGGUGGCAAGGUGAUCGAAGGCCUCGCAGGAUUCCGCUACACCUACUGA